AUGAACCCGGGCCAGAACCCAGACCAGGUUGGUCCGGGUCAGACCCGGGCCGGAACCCGGGUGUAUCCAGGUGCGCACACUAUUGGGUUCACUCAAUGCUUUACAUUCAAGUCAAGUCUCAUCAAAUUUGCUGAUGGUAAACCUGAUCCAACACUAGAUGCAUCCCUCCUACAAACUUUGCAUAGCACAUGCCCAGAAGAUGAUGCUGAUUCUGACACCAAAAUGUCUCCCUUGGAUUCAGUCACUGAAAAUAAAUUUGAUAACAUCUAUUACAAAAACCUUGUGAAUAAUUCUAGGCUACUUCAGUCAGACCAAGCUCUUAUGAGGGACAAUAAAACCGCUUCAAUGGUCAUUAACUAUAGCAAGUUCCCUUAUCUUUUCUGCAGGGAUUUUGCAGCAUCAAUGGUGAAGAUGGCCAACAUAGGUGUGCUUACAGGAGAGUGGAGAGAUUAG